AUGGAUCGCCGAAAAUUACCAGAAUUAGCGAUAGCUUAUGUUAAAAUUGGUACAACAUUACUCUGCACUUGGCCGCUGACCUCUGGAGCUACCAAUCUGCAACGAAAAUUCAAUCAAGUUAAGUGGUUGUCUCUAUUGCUACUACUGUGCUCUCUCGAAUUUUCAAUUCUCUACACGGCUUAUUUAUCUCGAGCCAAUUUUAUGGAACUCACGAGAUUCAUUUGCUUCGCCGCUUCUUCGGGUCAUGCAAUUAUAAAAAUGAUUGUAUGCAGAUGGCAUCAACAGGAAUAUCGGGAAUUGAUCGAAGAGAUGGAAAUUUUUUUAACAUAUGCCACUUGCCGUGAAAGAGAAGUAUUGGAUGUUUGCGUGAGAAAAGCAGCUCCUGUUCACUUGACAUUCAAUAUUAUUGGACUGGUCGCGGGUAUUUCGUACAUCUGUGGACCCAUAAUUCUGGACCAAAAUCUACCAACUGAAACAGUCUAUCCAUUUGCUACUGAUCAUUAUCCGGCGCUUCAGAUAAUUUAUCUAAUGCAAUCAAUCUCAGUUUUGCAGUGCUGCACGGUUGGGCCACUCGAUGGACAAGUGUGCAUGCCUUUCUGGUUCAAUAUUGCUCGACUAAAACUCCUGGCGAGUGAUAUGAGAAAAAUUUCUGGUGUCGAUGAUCUCAAUGCCUGUAUCAAAGUCCAUCAAGAUAUACUGAGGUCUCAAAAUUUAUUCUAUUUUAGCAGAUGA